AUGACUGGAGGUUGGGACAAAAAACUUAGGUUUUGGGACAUGCGUCAGCCAACACCUUUGUCGAGUCUCGACCUUAAUGAGCGUGUUUACUGUGCAGAUGCAGUUUAUCCUGUUGGUGUUGUUGGUUGCGCAGGCCGACAGAUAGUCGUCUAUACCCUAGAGAAGGGGCCUGAGGUUGCUGCUCAAAUUGAGUCGCCGUUAUCGUAUCAGAACAGAUGCAUUUCCAUCUUUUUGGACAAGCAGAAACAAUCUCCCACAGGCUUUGCACUUGGUAGCAUUGAGGGUCGCGUUGCCAUUCAGUACUUUCAACCCAGUGCGCCGCGCGACAACUUUACCUUCAAAUGUCACCGAUCCCCUACUCCGGUUAAUGGUUACUACGAAAUAUUCCCCGUCAAUGAUGUGGCUUUUCAUCCGUUGUAUGGAACGCUUGCAACUGUCGGUUCGGAUGGCCGCUAUGCAUUUUGGGACAAGGAUGCUAGGACUAAGCUGCGAGGUCUUGAUAAUGCAGAAAUGCCCAUAACCACCUGUACAAUCGAUCGGAGUGGUAAUUUGUUUGCCUAUGCUUGUGGAUACGAUUGGUUUAAAGGUCAUGAAUUCGCUGACCCUAACAAACCACCGAAAAUUUGUAUGCGGCAAGUUUUGGAGGAAAUGAAACCUUCCAAAUAG